CGGCCUAGUCCCCGCCUUCUGUGGGAAGGAUGUGCGCCCGGAUGGCGGGGCGCUUGGCAGCGGCUCCCCGAGGGCCCUGCGGCCCGUGGCUCUGCCUGCUGGUGGCCCUCGCCCUGGACGUCGGGAGAGUGGACUGUGACCAGGAACCCCUGGACCCCAUCUACCUGCCUGCAGCCCUGGAGCUCCUGGAUGCACCUGAGCACUUCCGAGUGCAGCAGGUGGGCCACUACCCACCUGCCAACUCCUCUCUGGGCUCCCGAUCUGAGACCUUUCUGCUCCUGCAGCCGUGGCCCAAGGCCCAGCCACUCCUCCUGGCCUCCUACCCACCCUUUACCACUCAGCAGGUGGUCCCUCCUCGGGUCACUGAGUCCCAUCAACAGCCAGUCCAAUGGGAUGUGCGGGCCGUGUCGGUGGAAGCGGCUGUGACUCCAGCAGAGCCCCAUGCCCGGGUUCUCUUCCACUUCAAAGGGCAGGAUGGCCCACCGGGGUCUAGCAGCCUGCCUUGUGCCCGGCUCCAUGCCACACACGCUGCAGGCACUGUUCACCGAGCCUGCCGCUUCCAGCCAUCUCUGGGCGCCUGCGUGGUGGAGCUGGAGCUCCCCUCACACUGGUUCUCCCAGGACUCCCCAACGCGGGCUGAGCUGGCCUAUACGCUGGAGCCUGCCGCCGAGGGCCCUGGGGGCUGUGGCCCCGGCGGGGAGGAGGGCGCUGGGCAACAGGCCCUCCCGGUGGGCAGUGUGGAGCUGCGCCCGGCAGACCCCCCACAGUCCCAGGAGGUGCCCUUGGAUGAGGCGGUGACCCUGAGGGUGCCCGACGUGCCCGUGCGGCCCGGCCAGCUCUUCAGUGCCACCCUCCUGCUUCAGCACAAUUUCACGGCCAACGUCCUGACACUGCGGAUCAAGGUGAAGAAGGGGCUGCAUGUGAUGGCUGCCCGCCCAGCCCAGCCUACCCUCUGGACUGCCAGGCUGGACCGCUUCAAGGGCUCCAAGCACCACACCACCCUCAUCACCUGCCAUCGUUCCGGGCCCGCAGGGCCAGAGUCCAGCAGUCCCCUUGAACUGUCCAAGUUCCUAUGGGUGGACUUUUUGGUGGAUAAUGGCACUAGUGGGGGCGUGGCAGUCACUCGCCCUGUCACAUGGCAGCUGGAGUACCCAGGCCAGGCCCCUGAUGCAGAGAAGGACAAAAUGGUGUGGGAGAUCCUGGUAUCGGAGCGGGACAUAAGAGCCCUUGUCCCAUUGGCCAAGGCCGAGGAGCUGGUGAACACUGCACCGCUGACGGGAGUGCCGAGGCAUGUCCCCGUGCGCCUGGUCACUGUGGACAGUGGGGGGGCUCUGGUGGAGGUGACAGAGCACAUUGGCUGUGAGUCGGCCAACCCGCAGGUCCUGCAGGUGUCUGAGACCUGUGACGCUGUGUUUGUGUCUGGCAAGGAAAGCCAGGGCGCUCAGGGGGUGCGGGUGGACUUCUGGUGGCGUCGGCUGCGGGCCUCGCUGCGGUUGACCGUGUGGGCCCCGUUGUUGCCGCUGCGCGUCGAGCUGACGGACACCACUCUUGAGCAGGUCCGAGGCUGGAGGGUACCCGGCCCAGCUGAAGGGGCGCUGGAGCCGGAGGGAGCUGGAGCAGAGGAGGCGGAGCGGCGUACCCGCAGCUGCCACCUGCAGUACCAGCGCGCGGGUGUGCGCUUCCUUGUCCCCUUUGCGGCCCACCCGCUUGAUGGGGGUCGCCGCCUCACCCACCUGCUUGGACCCGACUGGCUGCUGGACGUGUCCCACCUCGUGGCUCCGCACGCCCGCGUGCAGGACCCACGUGUAGCCUUGCUGGAGGGCGGCCGCAUCCUGGUGGGCCGGGAGCCUGGUGUCACCUCUAUCGAGGUGCGUUCCCCGCUGUCUGACUCCAUCCUGGGUGAGCAGGCGUUGGCGGUGACAGAUGACAAGGUCUCAGUGCUGGAGCUUCGGGUGCAGCCAGUGAUGGGCAUCUCACUGGCCCUGAGCCGGGGCACUGCCCACCAAGGGGAGGUCACGGCCACGUGCUGGGCACAGUCAGCCCUUCCCACCCCAAAGCAGGAGGUGGCCCUCUCCCUGUGGCUGGCCUUCUCGGACCACACCCUGGCCCCCGCUGAGCUCUACGACCACCGCGACCUGGGCCUGUCCAUCUCGGCCGAGGAGCCUGGGGCCAUCCUGCCAGCCGAGGAGCAGGGUGCCCCUCUCGGGGUGGUGGUGAGUGGGGCGGGCCCCGAGGGGCUGCCCCUGCAUGUGUCUCUGCACCCCCCCGAGCCCUGCCGCCGGGGCCGUCACCGAGUGCCCCUGGCCUCUGGCACCGCCUGGCUAGGGCUGCCUCCUGCUCCUACACUGGCCCCCGCCCUCCCAUCGAGCCGUGUCCAGAGCUCCCCAGCCACAGAGGCCAGCGUGGGUGGUGAAGGGAGGGCAGCAGGCAGUGUGGGGGGCGGUGGGGGUGUGAGGGACAAGUUCGAGAGGGCAGAGGAAGAAGAGGGGAAGGAGGAGGCCGAGGCUAGGGAGGAGGAGGAGGAAGAGGAGGAGAUGGUCCCUGCCCCUCAGCGAGUCACCGACCUAGAGCUAGGCAUGUACGCCCUGCUGGGCAUCUUCUGUCUGGCCAUCCUCAUCUUCCUGGUCAAUGGUGUGGUCUUCGUGCUGCGCUACCAGCGUAAGGAGCCUCCUGACGGCGCCACUGACCCUGCCUCCCCCCAGCCCCACAACUGGGUCUGGCUGGGCACCGGCCAGGAGGAACUGAGCCGCCAGCUAGACCGGCCGUCCCCUGGCCUGCCCAAGGGGGAGAGGGGCUGCCCCUGUGAGAGCGGGGGAGGGGAAGCCCUGACUGUGGCCACAGCACCUGCUGGGGGCACCACCAGCUCCCCGAGCACCCUGGCCCGAAAGGAGGCUGGGGGGCGGCGGAAGCGCGUCGAGUUUGUGACGUUCGCGCCAGCACCCCCAGCCCAGCCGCCCGAGGAGCCCGUGGGGGCCCCUGCCGUGCAGUCCAUCUUGGUGGCGGGUGAGGAGGACAUCCGCUGGGUGUGUGAGGACAUGGGGUUGAAAGACCCCGAGGAGCUGCGCAGCUACAUGGAGAGGAUCCGGGGCAGCUCCUGACCCCUCCCCAGCCUGCCUGGCGCAGCCUCGUCAUGCUGGGCAGCUUCCUGCUCAUCCACUGGUGCUCGCCGAUCCAAGUCCCCUGCCUGGAUCCUCAAAAGGACUCUCCCUCUGUCCUGCCCCUUGUCAUGGACCACGGUCGCGAGGAGGGGCUCACGCCCCUUAUUUAUGGGAACCAUUGCAUCCUAACGUUGGGUACAGAAUAAACUGAGAAGGAAACCCCA